AUGGCUUUUUUCGAUCAGGAUGGGAAAGCAACAGCUCGCUACAAGGCAGCCGGCAUGCAGAUGCUGAAGGGUUAUCAUGCUCAAGUCGCUCAGCGCCACAUGGACGAAAUCCAACAAGCUGCUGAUCUACCCGAUAACUUCGCCAAGGCAGCCUUGCUGAACUUUGAACAGCAUAUAUUCGAGAAGAAAGUCGCAGAAGGCAAGUCAAAGGAAGGUUUCCUAGAUGCGAAGGGGAAAGCAACUGCGAGAUACAAAGCAGCGGGAUUGAAGUUGUUGAGGAAUCACUACCAGAGAGCAGCAGCUUCUUCUAGUAAAAGUGAACCUGAGCCUCCAUCUUCAAGUCGUGCUGUACCAACUACGAGGACCGCUCCGCCUCCCAAACCUAAGACUCCAGCAAAAGUCGUACCUUUUCGACCUGCCACUACUUCAGUGUACCUGCGUGCGGACGGCAGGCCGCAGCAGAUCCGCAUGAUCAACACGAAGAACAUGCCACCUUUGAUUCCACCAGUUAUCGGUCUCAACGGAGAAAACCUGUUAGAUGGUCGCAACUACGUGCCGCCACCACGAUUACCGUUGCCGAUUUCGAUCGACUUCCCACUGUCUAGCGUAAUAUCCUCACAGCCUGCGCCAGAUCCGGCGGGGGCGGUUGUCCGUGAAGUCUUCGAUAAAGGUGACUAUCUGGGAGUACGAAGAAGGAUGUCGGUGGAGAAUAAGAUUUAUGAUCUGGUGAUAGAAGACUCACUGGUGUGACGAUCAGAUUCAUUUGAUUGGUGAACAUCACUCAACAAGAGUAUUGCUACGUACUGGUAGAGAUUACGUGCUCCUACUUAUCCAUAUUUUUAUCGUCCUAGUUGUUCAACACAAUCAGAUGAAUUUGGAGGUUCCACAUCUUCUCUCUACGUUGACGCAAACGGGCACAACUAGUAAGUACUACUUAUUCAAUGAAAAGUCGUUCUCUCGUCCUCGCUUCUAAAACCCGCUCGGCGUCCCCGACGCUCCCUUCGUUCCGCAACUGCUCGCUUGGGAGCGAGGCCGCAUGCAGGAUGAGGACGAUCUAGCCAGACAAUGGCAACGACCAGAACCAGCUGGACUUUUGUCACCUGAAAAUAUUGAGCGGAUGCUCCUUACAGCCCAGGAAAAUGUUGCAGAGGUUGUGGCCAGUGUUGGACGGGUUGGAGACAGAUUGUCCCAGAUGAUGGCCAGAGACGACGAUGAGAAGACGUCUUGUCCUACCGAAAUAGACGGCUUGGAUCAUAUGGACUUGCACGCGAAACCUAGCUUAUCAGCAGCUCUGAGCCUCCAACUGGGCGAGCACGAACAGGAACUGCACGAUGGACUAGCAGCACUGGAGAGGCAACAGGAACUCCUUGAGGCACGACGAGUCGGAGGCGGAUUCAGUUACAAUAGUCAGGGCGUGGUACGAGGUCAGCGAUCCUCAGUGCACAUGAGGAAUUCUUUGGCUGCUUCGAAAAGAAGAAGUAGUAGACCACGUCGGAGUAGUAGUUCACCUCCCUCUCCCAGCAGCAAUUAUCUGAAUUUUUUGCCAAGCAGGAGGACUUCUGUUCCUGUUGCUGGUGGUCAAAACAGGUCUAGAUCUUCUUCCGCUGAAAAGAAUACUCACCAUCUCCUUCUCCAACAAAAGAAGAUGAUAAAUGCUAGUCUGGAGGGAGGGCGCCCAACUAUCUUUCCUGGCCUUGGUCGUCGUUGUAGUCGUGUCUCUUUCGGAACAUCUACUUCGAAACGUGUGUCUGCUGGUAUAGGCGUUGGCCUCAAUCCCGAUCGUCCCGGUGGCGGCUCUUCUAGUAGUUCCUCCUCCUCAGUCGACGCGAACACCUACAUCCAUCAAAGACUUCAACAAACGCAACCUUUCUCAGUGAAGACAGGUCGCGGCAGUGGGUUGUUUCCGCCUGCACCUGAUGUUCAACGUGGUGCGUCAUUGACAGGAAGUAGAAGUGUGUCACCUCAACAAGGUCUUCUUCAAGGAGCGACCGACGUCGUAUCACGUGAUGAAGGAGGAAUAGACAAGAACUCGCGUGCUUCUCCUGUCGCAGUCCUCGAAGCAUAUGUGGCUAGACUGAGACAAGUCCGAAGACGAUACAUCGCGCUGAAACUAGCCGAGCGUUUGCGGCGGAAAAGAGAACAAUCUGCAAUAGCAUCUCCUUCAGGGACAGGAGCAGCCAUAGGAGCGAGUGGAACUUCUACGAGUAGUCUUGUUAUCGAGCCUGAAAAAACGAUGAAUCAUCAACCUCAACAUCACGUUUUUGACAACAGCGAACGAGCACGAAUCAUCCAACACGUUGCUCGCGGCCAAGAGCAACGACAUCGGAGUCAAAGUGUUGGAGGUGCUGUUGUUUCCAGUAAAACGACACGCGAUUCUCGUAGCCCCCGUAGCCGUCUUUUAUCUGACGAGUUGGCGAAAGUGCAAAGGCUAAACGAUCGCUCGUCGAAGAAGCUGCCAGACCAUGUAGCAGAGCAGAUAUUGGAGGGUAGGGCGAAGAGUACUCCUAGAGCAUCAUUUUUAGGACAAAGAAUUUAUUCUCCAAAAAAUAGAGUCUCUUUAUCGACUUCUAGAAGAGCAAGCGCACCUGCUGGUCAACCAGAAGAACAACGGAAGGAACGCGCGUCGUCUAACGACGAGAGCAUGCUGGAAGCGCUGAAGAUUGUCGAGAACAUUCGUCGGAGUAGCAACAAGGUUUUCAAAAGCAAAAACCGGUUAUCAAAGCAAAGCGAUUUUGAUGAUAAAACGAGGACAUUUCCUCUAUCUGUUGCAGGUGCAGAGCAACCAGCACCAAGAAUAUCAAGAUCGACAACAAGUCCAGUAAAAACUAUUUCUCCUGCUGCUCGAUUGACCGCAGCAAAUCUGGAACGCUUCAGCAGAAGUGCGACAUCGAGCACAACUAGGAGAACGGCCGGAGCUGCAAACUACAAAUCUGCGGAGGACGUAAUCAGAAGUAGUAUCGACUACAACUACAAUCCUCAGGUAAGGAAAAGCUCUCCAGCACCAGCGCCAGUAAGGAGAUCAUCUACGAGUAGAAGAAAAAGUAGACUUUCCUCAUCUAAGACUGCGGUGAACAACGACCUCAAUACUUCUACAACUUCUGCUCGACUGUUUUCUGCUUCCUCCUUGAAGCCACAACAUAGAAGCGAGCGCGAACGAGCUUUACAAGAGGUCAAAGAGCGCCUGCGUACGAGUGACGUUGCAACUGGCGGUCGUGCAUCUGCGAUAUUUGAAGGUAGACCUUCACCGAGUUCUAGGGUGGAACACAUUGUUGGAGGAAAGAGCAACAAACGCUCAUCCCGUUCUAGUCGUAAGAGGUGGUCUCAAGAGAGAGAAUCAGCGUCAUUGGCGAUACGGCAGGAGCUUUUGGCGGAGGCAGAACGGUUGAUGGCAGGUGAGUAGACGGGGCAAUGCAAGGAGUAGAUGGAGUUGAUGGAGGAGGAAAAAAAACACGAACUAGAAGUACCAAAUAAGAAAAAGACGAAUACCACUAGAUGAUCUAGAAGAUGACAUUCAUGAUAAUUCUGUUCAUAACUCCUGUAGUAUUUCCUAAUCCACCUAUAGCUACUUAUACCUUCACUCGUCUGACACUGACUCUCAGACUCAUUCCCCACUUGUUCUUGAACUAUUGUUUUGGUCUAUUCCCAUUUAUCCCUUAUACUAUAAAUAUAAUUUCCUAUGUCAUUGUCAUACAUCGACAAGAACUACCACGCCGAGUGAGCACACUGAAAAAUCUAAUUACCUUGAUAGUCAAGUCAAACUCAAAUGCAAUUCCGACUAUAUUGAAGAUAACUUCUCAACAACUUCCAACCACACUGAAUCUGAAGACAAAUGCCACAUCAAAAUGAAACUGUCAUAUGACGUCAACAGACGAGUUCAUUUUCGCGAGAGAAUGAUAGUACUUCUGCAACGAUUAUUUUAUUGGAUUCGCCGCUGGCAUAAGCAGUGCUUGAU